AUGGCUGCCCGCAGCGGCGUCGCCCCCGCCGGCGAGGGGCUCCGCGACGCCCAGUACUCGCCGCCCUCCUCCCAGCGGUCCGACGGCGACCUUGACCGGGGGCUGGCAAGAAAUGUGAUAGCUGUAGGACUGGGUGUUGCAGCCUUUGCAUUUGCAGGUCGCUAUGCAUUUCAGAUCUGGAAACCUCUGGAACAUGUAAUCACAGAAACUGCAAAGAAGAUUUCAAAUCCUAGCCUUUCAUCGUACUACAAAGGAGGAUUUGAACAGAAAAUGAGUAGGCGAGAAGCUAGUCUUAUUUUAGGCAUAAGCCCAUCUGCUGGUAAGGCCAAGAUUAGAACAGCCCACAGGAGAAUUAUGAUUUUGAACCACCCUGAUAAAGGUGGAUCUCCUUACUUAGCAACUAAAAUAAAUGAAGCUAAAGACUUGCUAGAAUCAAGUACCAAACAUUAAUUGAUGCCCAAGCAGGACCCUCAAGAAGAAAUCAGGCGGGAACCUUACUCCAGACGUCCUGCAGAUUAACCUAUACCGCAGUCUUCAUGAUCUUCAGACUAUUAAGCUACUUAGCAAUAAAAGAUCGACAGCC